UUCAUAAUUGCUACUUUCGCUUCGCUAUCUUCUUUUCUCCUUUUUCGGAUUGCUGGUCAAGGUGUAAGUGCUGUCGCGCUACCGCUCUAAGCCGACUUUUGAUAUUACAUUCUUUCGCUAUUUUUUACCACACACUCGUUCGUCGCCUACGACAGCCAAAUUUACUAUACGAGACGCCGGUCGUCAAUAGCACUUCGAAAAAAACUAUCACGCGUAUUGGGGGGGAUAGAAGGAGGAAGUACCUUUGUGUACUAAGAGACUGGGAAUACUAGCCGUGUAUUUCCACAACUAAAAAUUUAGGGACAACCGCUUCGCAAUAGAUCAAGAUGGUGAACAAGGUGCUUGCGACCUUCGUGACCAUGGACGUAUUGUUCGUGGCCAUGGGGGCUAUCAUGUUGGGUUUCUCUGUCAUCGUCCAGCAAACGUGCUUCGAUACGCCAACGGAAGGAAACGAAGCAGCUCGAGACUUACUAUACCAAAGAUUUCCUUUUACAGCUGGGAUCGUCAACGCUGUCUUCGUUUUUGUUACCUUCUUAGUUACACUCCCAGCGUUGGCAACGAAUAGCAGGGGUUGGUUGAAGCUAGCUGUCUACAUGAUCGUGGUCGAUGCCGUUUUCACCAUGUCUAUCGGCGUGGAUCUAUGGAUCCUCACCUUGAGGAUGAAGGAAGCAUUCCUCGAAAUCUGGCUUUCGCAACCACCUCAAGUACAAGACCUCAUGCAGACGGCUUUCUCUUGCUGCGGCUUCAACAACAGCUCUUCCCCUGCUUUCAUUACCGAUGCGACUUGCCCUAGUCCCGCCGCCGCCGCCCUUAUGCGAGGAUGCGCUGCUCCUUUAAACUCGUUCGGAAACACGUUCGUGGAUAACAUUUUCACGGCUAUGUUUGGUAUGGUCGGUAUCGAUGUCGUACUAAUUAUGUCUAUCGCCUGUUUAUUGAAGGACCGGAAGGAGCGUGAACGGUACCGCGAUAUCGAUGAGAAGAGUGGUGCCCGAGGCACUUUCUAAACUAGCUGGCUUGGUUAAGAAACUUGCAAAACCGUGCCGGGAAGGAAGAACUUCUAGUUCUCUUAAUACGCCCUGAAUUUGGCGAAGCAGCUUGGAGUUCCCCAAGAACCACUGGACUACUCAAGUACGUCCUUAUUGUGAUUUAGAACAAUUGUUAAUACGGCCUAUUAUACUUGCGUUCCAUGCAUGCUUUCAGCGUUUUCUAUAUACUCGGGUUUAUGUUUUACGAUAGGACUAUUGUAGUCUAUUUUCUAGUCUAUUUUCUAGCCGUGGAACUAAUAUAUCCAUUUUAACUUCACCUUCAGUUUAGAUCAACCCAUUGCAAUAUACGCAUUUCGUACAGCUACUGUAAGACUGUCAGAUAAAAUAAGCGACUUGGACAAGACCACGGUUGUCUAAGACCAGUAACUCAGACCAGUAACUCAUCUUA